UUUUCUCUAUGGUGCAACCCAGCCUAACCAUUAGUGGCAAAAUUAACCAAUUAGUUAUUUUAACUACGAAUCAAAAAACUGGGCUUUAGUGUAACACCGGCUUUACAAAUUGUUAAUUUUAUUAAAACAUUAUUUUGCUUUGAUACAAUACAAGCUUAUUAUUUAUUAAAUAAAUAAAAUAUGAAAGACUUGCUAGUAUUGUUGUUACUAGUAUUUAUAGGGAGGUUCGUAAUAUCAGUCAAUUAGCGUUUUCUUUUCCUAAUUAUAGAAAAGUAAAAAUGAAUAAUACAUUAAUAAUUGUAUUCCUCGUCGGUUUGAUGAGCUUCUGCUUCGUUGCGCCUGUUCCCAUACCCCAAACUCCCGGAACUCCCGGCACACCCGGGACCCCCGCCACAUCCGAGACCGCCGACACACCUGGCAGUCCCGGCAGUCCCGGCCCACCCGGGACUCGCGGCACUGACAGCCCAUACGGGCCUCUCCCCGGUCCCGCCGAACCCGGGGUACUCAGCAGUCCCAGCACACCCGGGAUACCAUCUGGUCUUCUAAGCGGAUUAGCUGCUGUUCUUCAGGAAGUACUCUAAUAAUUGCAAGACAGAGAUCCUUAAUUUGUAUCUUUGAAAUUAAAUUAUAGGUACU